CAGCAAUUCGGGAUAUAUACUUGGGAUCAUCAGCUCAUGAUCAAAUUCUUCGUCUGGUCACAACCAAAGAGACCACCAAAAUCGUUCCCGCUGCAUCAUUCCUUCCAACCAGCUAAAUCUAUAGGCUUGCAUCUAUCUACAUCAGCUUAACCUUUCCAGAACAAAGAUGGGAGACCGUACUCGCAAUCGCCGGUCUUCUUACGGCCGUCUCGAUGAGUCCGAAGAUAUCUCGGCUUUCUUCCACCGCGAUGAGGAAUACCAAUCCCGCGGCCGAACAGGGAGUGCAAUGGCCUCAUCUACUCGGGAGCAAGGCGAACCUCGCCGUGCACCCAGCAUUUUGAAAGGACGAAACAGCAGCCAUGGCAAACGACGCUCUGUACGCUUCGCCGACCAGGAGCCUGAGGCGGCCCCCAUAACCGUCCAAGAACUGGAAUUCAGGUGGAUCUGGCUGCCUAAAGAAGAUACAUGUAUCUCGGGAAUUCCUGACUGCAAGCGGAAGCCGGAGAUCUGGGAUGUGGUGGACGACCAGGAGAUGUCGGGGGCGCUGCCGACGGAGGACUGCCAGUCGACCCGUGUUUGGCGCGGCAGCUAUGCCCCGCUCACCGAGAACACGUGCACGAACUACUUGGCUGCUAAUUCACGCCCGGAGAACAGAUCUUUCUCUCGUAACCACCCCGUUCCGCGCCCUGAAAAGAAGCUCUUCUCUCAGGGUAACGCGGCUGCAAACAACCCGAUUCUGCGCUCGCCGGCAUCACUCAUUGAUUGGAUCAUGAAAGGCUAUGAUGAUGGCCUGAGAUCGAGGCAUAUUUUGCAGGAGCUAACCGACAUUCUUACUGAUGAGCUAUGAAUGGGACCUGACCUGAGCGGCUGAUUUUACAGCUCAUACAUACAAAAAGGU